UAGUCCAAAACAUCUAAAACCUAAGAGGUAGAAAUUGCUAAGAACCUUAUUGUGGCCGACUAGGGCUAAGCUUAGCAGAGGGCGGAGAGAGGGAGCGAGUUCGCGGCAAUGGCGACCUACGACCUGACCCCGCGGAUAGCGCCGAACCUGGACCGGCACCUGGUCUUCCCACUCCUGGAGUUCCUGCAGGAGCGUCGUCUCUACGAGGACGAGCAGAUCCUGAAAUCGAAGAUUGAGCUCCUCAACAAGACUAACAUGGUUGACUACGCCAUGGACAUCCACAAGAGCCUCUACCAUACCGAAGACGUUCCACAAGAUAUGGUGGACAGAAGGGUGGAGGUAGUGGCAAGACUCAAGUCGCUGGAGGAGGCCGCGGCGCCGCUUGUGGCGUUUUUGCAGAAUCCGAAUGCGGUGCAGGAGCUUAGGGCUGACAAACUGUACAAUCUCCAAAUGCUUAAUGAGCGAUAUCAGAUUGGAACGGAUCAAAUAGAGGCAUUAUAUCAGUAUGCCAAAUUUCAGUUUGAAUGUGGAAACUACUCUGGUGCUGCUGACUAUCUGUAUCAGUAUAGAGCCUUGUGCACAAAUAGCGAGAGGAGUCUGAGUGCAUUGUGGGGAAAGCUUGCGGCUGAGAUUUUGAUGCAAAAUUGGGACAUUUCUCUCGAAGAGCUCAAUCGUUUGAAAGAAAUAAUUGACUCAAAGAGUUUUGCGUCACCAAUGAAUCAGGUGCAAAGUAGAAUAUGGUUAAUGCAUUGGAGUCUCUUCAUCUUUUUCAACCAUGACAAUGGACGGACACAGAUCAUUGACUUGUUUAACCAGGAUAAGUAUCUUAAUGCGAUUCAAACAAGUGCUCCCCAUCUGUUACGUUACUUGGCCACUGCAUUCAUUGUCAACAAAAGGAGGAGACCUCAAUUCAAAGACUUUAUAAAGGUUAUUCAGCAAGAGCAGCAUUCUUACAAAGAUCCCAUUACGGAGUUUUUAGCAUGUGUGUAUGUCAAUUAUGACUUUGAUGGGGCACAGAAGAAGAUGAGGGAGUGUGAAGAAGUAAUAUUGAAUGAUCCCUUCCUUGGAAAACGGGUUGAAGAAGGAAACUUUUCUACUGUACCACUGAGAGAUGAGUUCCUUGAAAAUGCCCGUCUAUUUAUCUUUGAGACCUACUGCCGAAUACAUCAGCGCAUUGACAUGGGAGUACUUGCGGAGAAAUUGAAUUUGAAUUAUGAGGAGGCUGAGAGAUGGAUUGUGAAUCUUAUCCGGAGCUCAAAGCUUGAUGCUAAGAUUGACUCUCAAUCAGGAACUGUGGUUAUGGAACCCAAUUAUCCCAACGUGUAUGAGCAGCUAAUAGACCACACCAAGGCACUCUCAGGACGUACUUACAAGUUGGUUAGUCAACUUCUGGAACAAGCACAGUCACAACCUGCACGUUAAAUCUGGUACAUCACCUUUUCAAAUUAUUCAGAAUUUUGUUUCUUUUGGGCUUGUGAGCGAAAGAUUCAAGUUUGUGUAAUUUUAGUAAGCAAUCUAAUUCCCAGUUAUUUUAUGAUAA